UUUCGGGCAGAGCAUUAUAGCAUUCCGCAUUCCAGAGCACUGGCGAUGGGUGGCGCGGAAAGAGAGUCCGGAAAAUCGAUUUUGGACGAGUGCUGGUCGCUGUCUGUUUUGUUGGUGGUGGCAGUCUGGAAGGGCCUGGCAGUUGUUGCUCAAGCGGCAAGGGGAUGGUGUUCAUGGCGAAGAGAGGGAAAAAUCUUGGACGCAUUGCGCAUACGCAGGGCGGUACACUGGGAACGAAGGAUUGGAGAAUGGACUUCCAGCGGCUCUCUUAGCGCAUCCUGCCGCUCUCUUAACCCACGGAGCUGGUGUCGCAAAAUUCCAAUGCUGCCCACCGCGAUGGCUGCCACCCAGAAGCUAGACUCGGCGCUCAGUUUACGUUUCGGCCGCGUCGCCUUCAGUUUUACAGUGAUUCGUGUCCAGGCUGCACUUCAUCCGCGGAGGCGCCUGCGAUUGCAAGAGCAAAUAUAGAAA